CGAGUUGAUGCAACAGUUUCGCAAACGUUCUCCCACGUAGCAGCACAAGAAAAACACUUCUCAGCAACAUGGAUUUUAACACCGCCUGCGAAAAAGCCAAGGCUUUCACCAAGAAGCCAACCGAUGCUGAGUUCUUGGAAUUCUACGGUCUCUUCAAGCAAGCCACCGUCGGCGAUGUCAACAUUCCCGCUCCUGGCGCUCUUGACCUGAAGGCCAAGGCUAAAUUCGAUGCAUGGAACAAGCAUAAGGGUUUGUCCCAGGACGCUGCCAAGGCUGCCUAUAUUGCCACCUAUGAGAAAUAUGCACCCAAAUACGCAUAAAUUGUAUGGUUUUGCAAAAAUCGAAUAAGUUAAUUGGCUAAAUUUUGAUUGGAUUAUGUAAAAUAAAUUAACUAAAAAUUCGAA